ACCCUUCUCUCAAUCAAGAGGGAGGGAGACAGAGAGAGAGAGAGCAGAACCUCGCAGUGCUUUAAGUUUUUUUCUCACUCUAAAAAUUCCCACAGCACUCUCUCUCUCUAGCUAUGUGAAAUUGUAUCUUCGUUUUUUUUUUCCCGGCGACUUCCGAGAGCAGGUUUUGAGGUGGUUUUAUGCACCAAAACAUCUAUCCGGGAGUGUCUUUUGUGCGGUGUGGUGCUUACUAGUUUUUUUUCUUUUCAACCAUACGCUUCAGUUAUGGGGAAUGCUUGUUGUGUUGCUGCUCGAGACAAAAUGGUGUUGCCUAAUACAUCAGCAGUUGAGAAUUUGCAAAGAAACAAUCUGAGGUAUUCUCCUAACUGGAGCUUCCGGUGGGAUAAUAGAGGACGAGUGGCAGGUGAAGAGACCUCUGUCAGUUGGUUAUCUGAUGGGAUCAGCCGUAACGAUAUGUCUGAUGUCAAAUCCGAAUCUGCUUUCGUAUCAUCAUCACAAGGCUCCCCUUUGGACAAUUUUCAGGCGCAGUCAUGGCAGAAAUCUCCUGCUUCUGAUCAAUCUUUUUCAGGAAUUGCAUCCAUUGACACCGUCUCUGAACAGACCACCCGGAAAAAAAAUGAUUCAACCAACCCUGCUUAUUAUCCAUCUCCUGCAAAACGGUCUCUUUCAUUGGCUUCUCAAGCAUCAUCCUUCUCAACGUCACCAUUGUCAUCCCAGAGCCACUUGUCAAUGCCACCUCCUAGUUCAUCGACAUUAAAGCUGUCACCACGCCCUCAUCUAUCAAAACAAGUCUCUGAUGGUCAAAUCCUUGGAUUUACCUCACCGAGUAGAAGAAGCUCAGCAACUGAAGAGAGGCUGGGGAAUGAAUCUCAGUCUGAUGGUUGGUCCAUGCAAGCCUUUUCCGAAAUGAUGGCACAUUCUCGCAGAGAGUCUUGCUCUUACGAUAACGAGUUCUUUGGGCUUCGUCGUGACAAGAUAGACCAUCAAGGAAACAGAAAGUCCAGUGAUCAGCAAAACUGUGGUGCUUGCUUGAGAUCCUUGUCUGAAAAAUCUUUGUUGAGUAGCCAGAAGAUCUUUGCCACUAAUGAGCUCUCUGUAGCUGCAAUUCUAGCUUGUGGGCACGUCUAUCAUUCAGAGUGUUUAGAGCAGAUGACACCUGAAGUUGACAAAUUCGACCCUCAUUGUCCCAUUUGCACUCUGGGGGAGAAGAAAACAUUCAAGUUGUCGGAAAAAGCGUUGAAGGCGGAUUUGGAUAUGAAAGCUAGACAAAACAAGAGACUAAGGAACCGCGUUGUGGACAGCGAUGACUUUGUCAUGUUUGAUCACAACCACAAGACGGUGGUGGCAGGAUACAAAGGUAAAGCCCCAAAGCUAGUAUCGAGUUCGAGCUUAAGAAACUAUUCCCCAAAGCCUUUCCUUGCAAGACACUUCUCUUUCGGGUCCCGAAGUAACAGUGUUAAAUCCCCAAAAGAGAAUCAAUCUCUCAGAAAGAAAGGCUUCUUCUGGACCAAAUCUAGCAAACUUUGAAACUGUAAGCAUCUCCCUACAAGCAUCACCUUAUGCACCUGAAGGUUAUGGCUCAAACCAACGAGUCACACAAGUGAAAAAGCAUUGAUGAUUGUUGAAUCUUGUUGCAGAUUCUAGGUGGUGUUUCUCUUCGUAAGCUAGGGCUAUCAACGUUACGGAUACUUUAUCAAACGGUACACACUUGUUUGUGUGCACGUCAUAGAAUUUAUCUUCCAAGUCUCAAGAAAAAACUUUCUUCUCCCUUUCUUUUUUGGUUUGGUGCAUUCCCAAAUUUUUACACAUGUAAAUAUAAUAAUUAUUAUAGGAUAAGGUAAAAGUUAUCUGACUGUGGGUUAAUUGGAUCAAGGAAUUCAUAUAAUUAUAUAUGCUGUAUUA